AUGUACAUCACCCUCUACUACAUAGUCACCCGGCUCCCUGACACCCUUCGCCCGGUUAGGGACCACUUCCUCUCUGUUUGCCCCACCACCCUCACCGUUGACCUCCUCGAGGAGCGCCUGCUCGCGGCAGAGAAGAGCAUAGUCGCAGUAGGUGCCUCUCGUGGUGACCCUCGUACCCCUGUCUUUGAGGGGUGCUCCCCCUCUCCCCUCUUGCCCUCUGUUGCCUCUGCUGCUGCGGCCGACCUCGUUGGUCUUGAGUCGGUCGCUGCGGCGUCUGCCCCUAGUGGGAGACGCCGCCCUGGCAAGGGCAAGGGGGGCAAGGGUGCUGGAGGAGCUGGCGGGGGCGGUGGAGGCGGAGGUGGAGGUGGUGGAGGGGGUGGGGGUGGCGGUGGGGGUGGUGGCGGGGGUGGGGGCGUCGGUGGCGGGACUGGAGGUGGAGGUGGAGGCGGCGGUGGUGGUGGGAGCGGAGGUGGCGGAGGUGGCGGUAGUGGAGGAGGUGUCGGCGGAGGCGGCGGAGCUGGUCGGGGUGGCGCUGCGCAGAGGGGUGGCUCCGGUGGUGGUGCGCGCCAGCAGCAGCAGCGUACCCGUGAGACCCCUUCCCCCCAGCAGCUUCGUGAGUGGUACGUUGCUCGUCAGCGGGGCGGGGGUGCUGGCCCCUGCACCUACGUUCUCCGUACCGGCGACCGGGCGGGUGAGCAGUGUGGGGGCGCGCACCCCACCCAGCGCUGCUUCGGCCGUCUGACAGACGCGUGGCGCCACCAGUUCCCCGACGCUACUGAGAUCCCUCGCUGGGGCGAGCUGUCUAGGGCGGGUGUUGCAAUCUAUGAUCUUGAUUUUGAUGCUAUUCUUGCUGCCAUGUAUGCUGUGACUAUUAGUGAUGAGGGUGACUGUUACCGGUGUUUCCCGCCUGACCCAAGCAUAGAGGCUGCUGCGCUAGGUACUUGUGAGGCUGCUGCUCUAGGUGCCAGUGCGUCUGCUGCCACAGGUGCCGGUGAGUUUGCGCUCUCAGGUGCUGCGUCGUCCCCUGACACCCACACCUUCACCCUUGACUCCGGUGCUUCCCGCUCCUUCUUUCGGGACUGCACCACUCUCACACCGCUCAGUCGGCCUGUUGCGGUCUCCCUGGCGGACCCCUCUGGGGGUCCUGUCCUUGCUCACUACUCCAUUGUCCUACCGUGUCCGGCGGUCCCAUCUGGCUCCCUGUCGGGUCUCUACCUCCCCUCGUUCUCUACGAACUUGGUGGCGGGUGCUGACCUCCAGGAUGCAGGAGUUGACCAGUUCACCCCUGCGCGUCAGCGGGUGACCCACUGCACUUGUGCGGACACGGGCCGACACUUGGCCACGUUUGCUCGUCGGCCAGGGUCGAGCCUGUACACACUGACUACUGAGUCUCCUCCAGUCACUGAAUCUGCUCAGGUAGCCGCGUCGGGUCAGGUGUUUGCUGCGGCGUCCAGGUCUGGUCCUGAGUCUGCCCCCUGCUCGUGUCGUCUCCUGUCCCACCGGACUCUCCUCUGGCACCACCGUCUUGGUCACCCCUCCCUGCCUCGCCUUCGAGGCAUGGCUUCCCGUCUUCUUGUUUCUGGUCUCCCCCGGUCCCUCCCUCCCCUUCCUCCGAGACCUGCCCCCACCUGCGUUCCCUGCGUCGAGGGGCGGCAGCGCGCUGCUCCUCACUCCUCCGAGUUUCCUCCGACAGAGGCUCCGCUGCAGACGCUUCACAUGGACGUGUGGGGCCCAGCCCGCGUCCGUGGGCAGGGUCAGGAGCGCUACUUCCUGCUGGUGGUUGACGACUACUCGCGUUACACCGCAGUCUUCCCCUUGCGCAGCAAGGGUGACGUCACUGAGGUGUUGAUCGCCUGGAUCCGCGCGGCUCGUCUCCAGCUCCAGGAGAGUUUCGGCUCCGACUUUCCUGUUCGGCGUCUGCACUCCGACCGAGGCGGAGAGUUCUCCUCUGACCUUCUGCGGACCUUCUGUCGUGCACGAGGCAUCCGCCAGACCUUCACGCUUCCGGACUCUCCGCAGCAGAAUGGGAUCGCUGAGCGCCGCAUCGGCAUGGUCAUGGACGUCGCUCGUACGUCCAUGAUCCAUGCGGCUGCUCCCCAUUUUCUGUGGCCGUUUGCGGUUCGGUACGCGGCGCAUCAGCUCAACCUUCACCCCCGGGUCUCCAUGCCGGAGACCUCCCCUGCCUUGCUGUGGACGGGGAAGGUUGGUGAUGCGUCGCGUUUCCGGGUCUGGGGAUCUAGGGCGUUUGUCCGCGACUUGUUUGCGGACAAGCUGUCCUCUCGUGCUGUUCCCUGCGUCUUCUUUGGCUUUCCCCCUGACGCGCCAGGCUGGCAGUUCUACCACCCCACCUCGCGCCGUGUCUUCGCGUCCCAGGACGUCACCUUUGACGAGUCGGUUCCCUACUACCGUCUCUUCCCCUACCGCACUGCGUCCCUCCCUCCCCCGCCGCUCUUCCUUACACCAGGUCCCCCUCCGGUAGACCCCCUCCCCCCUCAGGGUCCUGCUCCCUCAGGUGUGUCCCAGGUAGAUGCAGUUGAGCCAGUCGAGGUAGCUGCUGAUUCUGGUGUUGCUCGUGGUGCUGAGCCUGGGGGUGCUGGGUCUGGGGGUGCUGAGCCUGGGGGUGCUGGGCCUGGGGGUGCUGCGACUAGGGGUGCUGAGCCUGGGGGUGCUGGGCCUGGGGGUGCUGAGCCUGGGGGUGCUGCGCCUGGGGGUGCUGAGCCUGGGGGUACUGAGUCUCGGAGUGCGGAGCCUGAGGGUGCUGGACCUGCUCGUCCGGUGUCUGGUGGUGCUGAGCCUGACAGUUCUUCGGGUGCUUCGUCCCGGCGGGAGCUGCCCUCUCCACAGGAGCUGCGUGAGUGGUUCGCCCGGCGCUGGCGACGUGCUACUGGAGCUGGUGGUGCUGCAGGAGCUGGAGGUUCUACUGCUGCUGAGAGUGUUGGUGCCGAGGGUCCCAGAGGUGCUCGUACCGAGUGUACUGGAGCUGCUGGCCCUACGAGUGCUCCUCCUUCUGGAGCUGGUGGUGCUGCUGGUGCUGCUGACGUUGGUGCUGCUGGUGCUCCUGGAGCUGGAGCUGCUGCGUCUUCGGGUGGUCCGGCUGGAGCUGGAGCUACUGGGGGUGUUGGCGCUGGGGGUGCUCCUGGCGCUGGUGCUGCUGAGGGUGCUGGAGUUGGAGCUGCUGGAGCUGAGGGUCCUCCUGGUGCUGGUGCUCCCGCUGGAGGUGCUGGUGCUGUUCCUGCUGGCGCUGGUGGAGCUACGCGGCCGCGGCCGUACUUCGUUCCGCUCCUUCAGCAGGUUCUUGGUCUUCCGUCCUCUCUUGGUCCUGCUCCUGCCUUAGAGUGUCCGCCUCCUGUCCAGUCUGAGUCACAGUUACAGCCACCUUCCCCACUUCCUUCUCCUUCUCCCUACACUGGUCCUACUGGAGAGUCGGACUCCCUUCGUGCUGCGCGUCCUACUGUCACGCGUCUCCUUGCUACUAUCGUCACUGACCCUUCCUUUGAGUCUACUGCUGCGUCUGCCCUAGUUGCUGAGCUUGUCGACUUCGCUGCUCGCUGUCGCCUAGACUACGCUACCAGUCUUGUCGCUGAGUCUGGGCCUGUCUGUCCUCCGUUCGUCGGGGGCGACCCAGAUGCACUUGACAUCCCGACUCCGCGCUCUUACGCGGAGGCGAUAGAGGGUCCCUACUCCUCUCAGUGGCAGGCAGCCAUGGACGCAGAGAUGGCUUCCUGGAAGUCCACAGGCACCUACGUUGACGAGGUUCCCCCGCCUGGGGCGAACAUCGUCGGUGGCAUGUGGAUUUUCAGGGUGAAGCGACCGCCGGGUUCUCCGCCUGUCUUCAAGGCGCGUUACGUGGCUCGUGGCUUCAGUCAGCGGCAGGGAGUUGACUACUUUCAGACCUUCUCUCCCACCCCGAAGAUGACCACUCUUCGGGUACUGCUGCACAUAGCCGCUUACCGAGACUACGAGCUGCACUCUCUUGACUUCAUCACUGCUUUCUUGCAGGGCAGCCUGCACGAGGAGAUCUGGCUGCGCCGCCCACCUGGCUUCACUGGGACUUUUCCUCCUGGCACCCAGUGGAGCCUCCGGCGGCCAGUCUACGGUCUCCGCCAGGCGCCGUGUGAGUGGCACGACACACUGAGGACGACAGUUGCGGCUCUUGGGUUUGCACCUUCUACUGCCGACCCGUCACUGUUUCUGCGCACCAACACUUCUUUGCCGCCGUUCUACAUCCUCGUGUACGUCGACGACUUGGUCUUUGCUACAGCUGACACUGCUGGACUUGCCUACGUGAAGUCCGAGCUGCAGAAGAGACACACGUGCACAGACCUGGGUGAACUGCGCAGCUACCUUGGCUUGCAGAUCACCCGGGACAGAGCACAGCGCACCAUUACCCUGACUCAGUCACACAUGGUGCAGCAGGUCCUUCAACGCUUCGGCUUCACGUACUCCUCGCCUCAGGCCACUCCUCUGCCUACACGCCACUCGCUCUCAGCUCUGCCUUCGGAUGAGUCCGUAGAGUCGAGUGGCCCGUACGCAGAGCUUGUCGGCUGCCUCAUGUACCUGAUGACCUGCACUCGACCUGACCUUGCAUACCCUCUUAGCAUUCUUGCACGCUAUGUUGCUCCUGGGAGACACAGACCAGAGCACAUGGCUGCAGCGAAGAGGGUGUUGCGCUACUUGUGCAUUUCGUGGCGGUCUACCCGCUCGUCUUCUGUUCUCGGCUCGAGCUGUGAGGCUGAGAUCUACGCAGGGGCCAUGGCUGCACAGGAGCUACGCUGGCUCACCUACCUGCUGACUGACCUGGGAGAGCCGCCUCGUUCUCCUCCAGUGCUGUACGUAGACAACAAGGCCAUGCUGGCCUUGUGUCGGGAGCACAGACUGGAGCACAGAACGAAGCACAUCGCUCUCCGCUACUUCCUUGCUCGUGAGCUGCAGCAGCGUGGUCAGCUGCGCCUUGCUUACGUGGCCUCUGAGGCCAACACUGCUGAUAUCUUCACCAAGGCACUCGCGCCUUGUGAUCAUCAGCGCUUCUGUACUCUGUUAGGUCUUGUGCCUACCUUGCCUCACUUGCUCACUUCUUGA